AUGGCAGCAGUGCAGCGGAUGACCCGUCAACUCUCCGAAGAGCGUGCUUCGGUCUUGGCCAGGGAAGCCGUCGAGCUAUCCAAUACCGGGAACAAAGCUCAAGCUUCGAGGAAACUUCGUGAAGCUGCUGCUCUUGGUCAUGACAAUGCAGAUGUCCAGGCUGCUUUCCUCGAAAUCCACAAUGAUCAGGAUAAUUCGCCCUUGCUGGAUUUAUGCCGCAGAUAUGCUCUCUAUCACAACAAUGCCGCUGGUUCCGAAGCAGUCGCAUACCUACGAAGUUCUGAUGCUCCUAAAUCUGGUCCUGUCGCUCUGGAAUGUCUUCAGAUCGUCCUCGAAUGCCGCCAGGCUUCAAUGUCCGAUGAUCAAAAUUUCAUCAUUGCCGAACUUGCCAGACAGAGCCCACAGGUGCGCCAAUAUUUCGCUUCAGAGCUCCAAGCCUCGACGACCGAAUUCUUCGAAAAUGUCUACGAGCGAGGCGAUGACGCUGCCAAUUGUCUUCGAUCAGUCGUCCUUGACGAUAAGAUCUGGUCCGACGAAGACGCAAGACUUCGCGUUGAGGAUGACCUUUUCCAGCUAUUUCUUGCCAAGUUAAUGGAAACUGGCCACGACCACGACGGCAGAGCUCUCAAGGGUAUUGCCCUUCUCCUCAUUGCCGACCCCCAACGCUUACACACCUUUAUCGACGAGGAAGCAUUCGAAGCUCUUAUGGGCAGCUUGGAUUUGAGACUUCCUUCCGAUGUCCGUGGCCAAGCCACUCUUGUUCUCUCCAAAUUCUUCUCCACCGACGAAUCUGUUGCUCAAGCCCUCUUCACAAAUUACAUCACCUCACAUGUCGCCCGUCAAAAGGGUGACGAUCUCGUCCUCGCCUUCUCUGCCGCCGCAUCUCUGUUCCCCGUCAUUCCUAGCAUUGCUGCUCAACUAUUCCUGACAGAGGGCUUUCUAACCUCUUUGAUGCCUCUGCUCGGACGCCAGUUCAGCAGCCCACUCGUUCAUGACGCAUUCCUCACCCUUCUGAAUGCUGCAUGUAUUGACGGUGCAUGUCGGACCGCAAUCGCACAAAAUUGUGCUUCUUGGCUAUCCCACAAAGUCAGCAAUGGCACAGGUAAACAGCCGUCCAUUGCGGCCACUACGCUGGCAAAGUUGAGGACAUCAGGUGUCAAGGUCGGAGAGCAGAGAGCCAACAAGGCGGAUGAUGAUGUUAGUGAACUCGUUGAUCUUUUCAAGAAUACCCUCACUGUUGAAGAAGGAAGAAGCAUAUCUGACUCCAUUGAAGGCCUUGCGUACACAUCUUUGAAACCAGAGGUCAAAGAAUCCCUUGCGAGCGAUCAAUCCUUUCUCAAAUCUCUGCUACAAGCCCUCGAUUCUAACCACGAUUCUCCCGAAAUUGUGGUUGGGGGUCUGAGUGUUUUCUCAAACAUCACCCAGUAUAGACCAAAUCUUUCAGAAGAACAGAAGAAAAUGUCUCAACUGAAAGCUUACGCAAAUGCUGCCAAAGCGGUCGACCCAAGCCCUCUCGAAAACGAUGACCAUGUUCGAGCUCGAUGCACAGCCGUGGUCGAAGCUGGCAUAGUCCCCACUCUCUCAAAAUUGAAUAAAGGGAGAUCACCAGCUACAGCCCAGCUUACAGAUCGAAUCCUCUUGUCCCUUUCCAAGAAUUCGAAGGACAGAGGAAAGAUUGCACAACAAGGAGCUGUGAAGUUGCUGAUAUUCCACGCCCAAAAAAAUCUCCAGUCAACGGACAGCAUCAACCAGGCCAACAUUGACGCUGCUCAUGCAUUGGCUCGAAUUCUUAUCUCCUUAAAUCCUGCUCACGUUUUUGCGGCUGGAGCUACUCCUCACAUUACAGAUGCUGUUCCGCCUCUUGUCUCCUUGCUCAAGUCUCCUGCUAGCGCGGGUCUGGCUGAUCAACCAAGAGACUUGCUGCCAAUCUUCGAAAGUCUUCUUGCAUUGACCAAUCUUGCAUCAGCUCCGGAAGCAACCGCAGCCAACAGCAUCAUUAAAGGUGCAUGGGAUGAAAUCGAAGAGUUACAAUUGGGAAACAACAGUAUGCUCCGACGUGCAGCCACCGAACUGAUCUGCAAUUUGACCGUUAUCCCUUCUGGGGCCGAGAAAUUCGCAGACGGUUCCAAACGGGCGGGUCAGCGACUUCACAUUCUCGUUGCCAUGGCUGACGUCGAUGAUUUGCCCACUCGACGAGCCGCUGGAGGAGCACUUGCUAUGCUAACAGAUCAAUUUACCUCCGUGGUUUCGGCAAUCCUAGAGCUCAAACGAGCGCCAGAGAUCCUCUUGGAACUUUGUCAAGAUGAUGACUCGGGCGUUGUCCACAGAGGAUUAGUUGUGCUUAGAAAUAUGGUGUGCGAAGAAGAUGGAAAGGUGGCGUUGCAAGCGAGAGCCUUGCUCAAAGAAAACAAUGCAGUGGAGAAAUUAAAGACUUGCUUGAAAAAAACUAAAGAUCAGGCACUACUACAGAUCGGGGUCGAGGUGCUGAAGGUCUUGGUGGAGACUUCAAAGACGUGA